GAUAUAAGUUCGUAUCCUCCCUCUUCUUCGACUUAUCUCGAAUGGAGGUCAAGUGUUCACGACUGUGAUCCAAGUCUUUAAUUACUAUCAGUAUUGUAUUGUUGGAUGUGCAACCAUUCUCAUUUGUGUUUUGUGGAAGGCUAAGGGUUUGCUCGACCCGAAAUCACUUAAACUAAAAUCCUCUACCCCUUCUCAUCACUCGCCGAAUCAACAUGCCUUGGCCACCAUACAGAAAACCAAAGCCCAAAAACAGAUGGUCCAUGUACCCCUCCCUCCACGACAGUGUAGCACGCCUCCUAGCAGAGCACAAUCUCCAUUUCGAAUUCCAUCCCAUCGACGACCCGAUCGGCUGUACCAAAGAAUACGACACCAACAUCAUGGGCAAAUUCAUAUGUCACAAACGUGCAUGUACCUCCUAUGGAUGGUCGAGUAAGAAGAUAGCGAUCACGAUACGCAUGUAUGCUGGAGCGAAAUACAAUGGGAGAGUAUAUCAUCAGCGAUGCAAGAGCUGCAACACUCUCAGUCAACCCAUUCUGGAUGACUCCUAUGCGGAGAGGGUAGCGUAUCGGCUUAAGAAGUGGAGUGGAAUUGAGAUGGAUAAGCCGGUGUAUUCUGGAACGAGCAAGGGCCCGCAUAAUGAGGAUUUGUGUGAGGGCUGUAAGGAUGGUCAUUGUAGUGCUCUUAAUGCUGCUUGGAUGGUGGAACAGAAAUAGCUAGGAGGUAUGGAGAUAGUUUGUUGGUAGUCUUGAUGCUAUGGAUGGUCACCAGCUUGGAGGUUACAUGGGACUUUUCUCACUUGCUAUGGUAGUGAUGGAUUCUUUCCAGGUGCAUAAUCAUGUAUGGAAUUAUCAAGGUUUGGAGAUAAAUGCAGAGCAUGUUUGGAACUUUCUUUCUUAUGACUUUCAAGCCGAUGGGCCAGGCAACUUUUUCUGGAUAAGGUAGUUUGUAUUAAUCAAUUUAUGUUUCUCUGAGAAAAUCGCCUGGCCUCUGUGAAGCAUACUGAAGAUUUUAUGACUAUUCAUACUGCUUCAAACC